GGCGAGGGCCUGAGUGAGGUUCAGGCCGAGAGGUCGCGCUGGCACAGUGACGAGAGCCGGCCGCUGAAAGGUCAUCAGCGCCAGGCGAUCCGUGCAGCGACUCACGUGACGAGAUCGGCCAUCUUCGGAGCUAUGUGCGCCCCCACGACCUUCGGCCGCCUGAGGAUGGUCGAAGCGUGUACCCACGAGGACUCCAAUCUCGGGAAGGUGUGCGACGAGAAGGGCUACCACUGCGAGCGUCUCGGCCUGCUCAACGAGAACGACCUCCGUAAGCCGCAGGGUUACCACAAGGCGAAAUUCUUACUGGACGAGAAGUGCCCGGAGCACUUCGUCAGCACUCCACCCUGCGGGCCCUGGUCGAUCAUGCAGAACGUCAACCAGCGCGAUGACAGGCAAAGGGAGAACCUGCGCAGGAAGCGCCUCAAGAGCCAGCGGAUCUUCGAGAACAACAAGAGGCUCAUAGAGCACCAGGUGCUCAACCUGAACGGCUCGGCCCUCGCCGAGCAGCCACACAACAGUCGGUCGUGGCAAAAGACCUGCUGGAAGGACCUCCACAAGAUACUCCCCUACGAGGUGAUCGUGGACGGCUGCGCCUGCGGACUAAGAGCUCCCGACACAGGUGAGCUCAUGAAGAAGCGCUGGAAGUUUCUGACGAACGACAAGAGGAUCUGGGUGGCCCUGCAGCCGCUCCAAUGCCGUGGAGGACACUACCACGAGGAGAUUGAGAGCAGCCUGAGGACUGAGGCUUCGGGCUACUACCCCAAGAUGCUGUGCCGCCGGAUCCUCCGGGCUCUGACUAAGAGCCAGAACCAGAACUACUUCGAGGACGAGGAUGAGCCGUCGAUUCCACCUCAAGACGGCAAGGAGACUCACGACCUCACUAAAGAGACGAUCAAGAAGAUCGAGAGCUACAUCAGGACAUUCAAGUGCGACAUCUGCGACGCGCACCGACCACCGACGAAGCGGCCACCAGCCUCAUCAGCAGAGCAGCCGCAGAACGGUCACGAGGUUCUCUUCGACGCCUUCUCAUGGAUCCGUCGCAGCAAGAAGACGAACGUGAUGGCGCUGGCGAUCCUCGACGCCGGCUCAGACAUCCUCUACGUGCGACUGAUCGACGAGAAAGAGAUCCCGGGGAAUUACUGUCUUCCAUGCGCGGCCGACGCCCACUGGCAGAUCGGCAAGAUUGAGCGCGCGAUCGAAGCCUUCAAGGAGGCCCUCGACGCUUUCGACGAGAUGGUCUCAGCUGAAGUACCUACCAGCGAGAUGAUUGGUCUCCAGACAGCUGCCAGGAACGACCUGAUCAGGAUUGACGGAUUCAGCCCACUGCAGCGCUAUGCCGGACGGACCCCGACGGGGACCACGGUUAACCUGUCCGACGAGCCGAACAACCUGCCCCUCAUCAGCGCCGAGCUGCAGGAUGGCACCUUCAGCAGGGACGCCCAAGUUCGACGCAUGGCGCGGCUGGCUCACAUCCAGACCGAGAACUCCGACCGAGUCAAACGGGCGGAGGUCGCGCGCUUCAGGUCCUUCAAAAGGUACGAGACGGGCGACCUGGUCUUCGUCUACAGGAGGCUCCCACCUGGAGCCUGGAUCAAGAAAGGCCAACCUCGCUCCAUGCCUGGGCGAGGCCGCUGGUACGGACCUGGACGAGUACUCUGCCACGAGCCAUCAAGCUCGGGACAUCGACCUGGUCUACCUGGGACAGUGGUCAACAUCACACUGGCUGGACGCCUCUAUCGAGUUGCCCCAGAACAGCUUCGACCUGCUACGCCCUCCGAAGAGGCGAUGGACUCUCUACGCUCGCGUCGCGAGCAGCCGGGGACAUGGACCUUCGGCGACGUCCAGAAGCUGCUCGACCAGAACGAGGUGAUCGACCUUUCGAACGAGUCCCCGCCGACUGGCGAGGACCUUGCCGCUGACGACGGCGAGUCUGUCAGCGCUCGCACCUUCGAGGGCAACGCGAGCGGACCCUGGGCCAUUCCUGAAGACGAGGAGCUACCCGUGCCACGAGGAGAGAUCCUCGGAGUUUGGGCCCAGGAGGAGGCGGCGGCGGAGGUGGUGGAGCCAUCGAGGCACCCCCAGGACUGGAGGAGCGACCUCUUCCCGGACCGCGACCUCCAAGGCGCCUUCGGAAGAAGGGCAAUCCCUGGACCGAGGCGGCCGAGGUCCAAGACCCUCUCAUACAGCCAGUACAGCCAGAAGCACUACCAGGCAUUCCACAAGAGGAAG